AGAAUCGGCGCUGGAAGUGGAAUGAUGGAUCCAUGUACAAUUAUCGUGCCUGGCUCUCAGGUCAGCCAGACAACCAUAACUCAGCCGAGUACUGUGGCGAAUUGUCCUGCAUAGACAGUAAGUGAGAGCUCUAUAUUGCACUAUACCUCCCAUAAAAAGUUAUAUCUAAGGAUCUCGCCACAAAAGGAUAGAAAAAAUGCAGGCAGGCUUAGGAUGUCUAACAAAUCCCAGUCUAACUACAUUACCUGGAAAUACUAUAUAGCAAUGUAGCGUGAAGGAAUAUUAACUAGGGAAUAUAUCCAAUAGAAACAAUCUAGUAAAAAAUAUAUAGAAUAAAUAUAACAUCAAUACUAGUAAUCCUAUGCUCUCUAAAGGGAAUGCACAUAGGUCACAGCAAAGACCAGGCAAUAUGUCAUAUAAAUUGAUACAGAACCUUUACUCCUAUAUGACAGCUUUAAUGAAGUACAUAUGCUAAAUAGGAAAAGGUAUACGUAUAUCUAUCUAGUUGCCAGUGUCUAUCUUCCUGAGUGCAAAAGCCCACAGAUAUCCUGUAUCCAUAUAUAUAUAUUGUAAAAAACCAUGGAAUAAAUGUCUGCUGAUCGUAUAUACAAACGCAAAAAUAGUUUGUAUUGAAUCAAGCCAUAUGUGGAAAGAGAUCUUACAAAGCAGCAGACCUUACCAAUGUACAGGAAAUAAAAGUCUAGAGUAGUCAAAUAUGGAGAGAGACUUAAAUGUAGGAUAGAAAAGAAGGAGUUUGUAGAAACAAAUGGUCAGUCAAAAGUAAACUGCCAUCAGGGCCGGCGCGUCCAUAAGGCGGCACAGGCGGCCGCCUUAGGGCGCACCGGCUCUGGGGGCGCAAAAUUCCAGUGACCGGCAGGAGGGAAGUGCUCCCUCCUGCCAGGUCACCUCCUGGAUCCCCGGCGCGGCGUGCGGCUUAUUUGGAUGCCGAGGGAGCUCUGAUCUCUCUGAUGUGCUCCCUCGGCAUCCAAUUCAGCCGCACGCCUCCCAGCAGCCCCACUGGACCACCAAUGAGAGACCCACGCCAGCUCUCCAGGUAGGGAGGCUGGGUGGGAAAUGUAAAUUUAAUUUAGAUUAUUAAUGUGUGUGUGUGCAUGUGAGUAUGUGUGUCUGUGAGUUUGUAUGGUUCUGUCAGUGUGUGUGAGUGAGUGUGUCUGUCAGUGUAUGAGUAUGUGUGUCUGUCAGUGUGUGUGUGAGUAUGUGUGUCUGUCAGUGUGUGUGUGAGUGUGUGUCUGUCAGUGUGUGUGAGUGAGUGUGUCUGUCAGUGUGUGAGUAUGUGUGUCUGUCAGUGUGUGUGUGAGUAUGUGUGUGUGUGUGUGUGUGUGUGUGUGUGUGUGUGUGUGUGUGUGUGUGUGUGUGUGUGUGUGUGUGUGUGUGAGUAUGUGUGUCUGUCAGUGUGUGUGAGUGAGUGUGUGUGAGUAUGUGUGUCUGUCAGUGUGUGUGAGUGAGUAUGUGUGUCUGUCAGUGUGUGUGAGUGAGUGUGUGUGAGUAUGUGUGUCUGUCAGUGUGUGUGAGUGAGUGUGUCUGUCAGUGUGUGUGUGUGUGUGUGUGUGUGUGUGUGUGUGUGUGUGUGUGUGUGUGUGUGUGUGUGUGUGUGUGUGUCUGUGUGUGUGUGUGUGUGUCUGUCUGUGUGUGUGUGAGUAUGUGUGUCUGUCAGUGUGUGUGAGUGUGUCUGUCAGUAUGUGCGUGUGUGCAUGUGAGUACGUGUCUGUCAGUGUCUGUGAGUUUGUGUGUGUGUGUGUCAGUGUGUGUUUGUCAAUGAGUCUGUCAGUGUGCGUGUGAGUGUCUGUCAAUGAAUGAGUGUGUCAGAUAAGUGACUCUGGCUGUCAGAGAUGUCUGUGUAUUUGUCACUGAGUGUGUGUGACUGUCAGUGUUUAUACACCCCUGACUGUAGCGUGGCCAAGCGGAGUGUACCAUGGUACAGGAACUUCGCUCCGCUCAGGCACGCUACAAGAAAGGUAGGAGGCACACCAGGAAGGGGAGGGGACCACUAUGGGGGUGGGUGGCGCACCAAGGGACAGUGUCUGUGAGAGAUACCCUAAGGAGAGAUACCCUAAGGUACAGGAAAAGGAGGGAGGGGGAGAGGAACACUAAGCGACAGGGAACAGAGGGGGGAGGGGAGAGGAACACUAAGGGACAGGGAAAGGAGGGGGGAAGGGAAAGGAACACUGAGGAACAGGAAAAGGAGGAGAGAGGGGAGAGGUACAGUAAGGGUCAGAGAAGGGAGGGGACCAUUAAGGGACAGGGAGAGGGGCUGGAUGUGAAAGAAACACACACCGGGGCUUGAAAGAGACACAAAGGGGCUGGGAGAAAAGGAGUCACACAAAGGGGCUGGGAGGAGUAAGACACAAAAUGUGGGAGGAUGUAAGAGUCAUACAAAGAGGAGAGAUAGGAGACACACAAAGGCAAAGGGAGUCAGAUAUUUAAAAGACGGGAUAAGAAACACAAAAGGGAGGUUAAGAGGCACAUGGGUGAAGAUGUUUUUGGGGGGGCGGAAAAACGCAUCUUCGCCUAUGUACCCAAAAUUCUUUGCACCGGCCCUGACUGCCAUGUAUAUUUAAAUUUAUAAAGCCUCUCUCCCUGGUAAACUAACUAGACAGGCAUAGGAAUAUGAAAAAAAUAGAACAAGAGAAAAGUGUUAAGUGCAAUUCAUAGUGCUAGGGUGCCAUUCAGUGCCCAGUGUAGAAAUUGGCAAAACGCCCAACGUGCGUUUCGGUGCUUAGAGAGUGCACCUUCGUCAGGGGCCAGCUUGCUAUUCAUAAUAGUGUCUCUUAAAUACCUUAAGUACCCAGGUGUUCCUCCUACCAACAGCCAAUCUGUAUGCAGGGAACAUGUUCCCCACGUGUGUAUGACUACGUGCUCCUACUUCCGUGUUGCGUCUGCCGCCCACGUGGUGUAAAGGGGGCGGAGCCAACACGUCAUCCGUCCUACUCAAGGACGAACAUAUUAAUCCCGGGUACGCCCCUACAUGUAGUCAUGUGGGCGUAUCAAUACAUGACAGCCUAUGUGUCCAAGAAACGUCUAUCACUCAUGUAGGCGUGUCCGAGAUGUAUCAGGCUUACGGGAUGUUAUUCCAAGCCUCUGUUACCCGUCAUAUCAACCGGUCUAUAUUGAAGUGUCCACAAUGUGUACAAUUAUACAUAUGGGAUCCCUAUUGUAUUCUAACAUGUAAAUAGACCUGUAGAUAUGUACAGAUGAUUCUACAUUAAUAUAUUAAUCACAUAUUGUAAGUUCCAAAUCAAGGAGUCAUAUAGAUCAUAUCUAAUGGUGGUACCAAAGGCUAGAUCAUUAACUUUAGUGCUAGUUCCUCAGGUUACAGAGCUAGAGAACAUAAUCACUAUCCUCAUGACUGUAGGUAGGUUGAAAUUAAAAUGCAUAAAACCCUAUAUAUAUAGUGAUCUAAAUAGUGGCUAUAUAAGCCCACAACUACAUCUACUAUUUACAAAAAUUUACAAGUGCAACUACCAAGGUAUAGGUCUUUACAACCCGUCAGGCAAUGCUUAUUUACAUAGUUUAUGAUGGUAUAUAGAGAUACCAAGUGUGUCGAUACAGACCAAAGUAGGUUGUACAGUUUAAUCUUGUAUAAAAGGUGCAUAUGAAAAUCCCUCAUUCAGGCCAAGGGGAGAAAGCGUUUUCAAUUUAUAGAUCCAAAAGCUCUCUCUUUGGAGUAGCCUUUUAUCCAGAUCCCCUCCCCUUGGUCCAAGUAUAACCUUUUCAAUGCCACAGAAUCUAAUGCCCUCUGCUGAACCACCAUGAUGUAAUUUAAGGUGUUUAGAGACUGGAGUAUCAACCAAUCUUUUCGGAUUGACCGAGUUUACAUGUUCCCCAAUCCUAAAUUUAAAUUUUCGUGAGGUCUUACCCACGUAUAAUUUCUUACAGGAGCUUGACAGUAAGUACACAAUUCCCGUAGUUUGACAGUUAAAGAAAUUCUUAACUAGAAAUUCUUGUUGUCCUGAGGAGUCUUGGAACUUUUUUGAUGGUCUGCGUAUAAAUUUACACGCCUUACAUUUGCCACACUGGUAUGUACCUAAGACCGUGGAUUUUAACCAUGUAGUUUUUUGAGGUGUAUUCUUCAGAUGACUAGGGACCAAAAUAUCCUUAAUAUUGCGUCCCCUUCUAGCUGUCACAGAUGCUCUUGAGGUAAUGACUCUCUGUAGGUGUGUAUCUUGAUGUAGGAGGGGCCAAAAUCUAUCCAGAAUUUUCAUAAUCUGGUUCCAACCUGCAUCAAAAUUCCCUAUACACCUAAUUGUCUCUUGUGUUGAUUUAGACACUAGGACACUUAGAGACACUGGGACCUUGUGAGACUGGGGACACAGAGACUAGGGACCACUGGGAGACACGGGGGCACUGUGUACCUAGUUUCUCAGGGUCCCCAUAUUUCCCAAUGUCUCUCACUGUCCCCAUGUCUCAGUGUCCCCAGGCCUCCCAGUGUCCCCAACUCUCUCACCAUCCCCAUGUCUCAGUUUCCCCUAGUGCCUGUGUCCCCAUGUCUGCAGCCUUCCCCCAUCCCUCCCUUACCUGAGCUGUUGGCUGUCUCUGCAGGCUCAGAACUGCUGUCUGGACUCCCUGCAGAGCUGCUACCCCGUGGAUCAAUAGGUAGAGAGAGGCAGGGAGGGAGAUGCUGUAACUUCUUAUCCCUGCCUCUCGGCACACACCCAGCGACCCCCUACUGGCCGGCGCUGGUAUUGCAAAAUAAUCUAUUUAUACUGAGACUGAAAUUUGUAUUGCAGGUAUUACUGCAAUACCGCCACCGGCUAGGCAGCCUCAAAUACCAGAGAAAUACCUGGCAACCCUAAGAGUAGUGUGUAAUCAAUGGACUUAGGCCUGGAGCUGCAGCUUUAUCAGCCCUUAUGUUAAUCUGGCCCUGUGUGUAGCUACCCAUAAAAACGUCUCAUAAAAAAACAAAAAGCUGAUAUGCUCCACUUACACAACUUCUAUAUAAAACUUACAAAAAAAUCAAAAAUAAUUACUACUGUGUCAGAUACCUCAUGCCUUCACCCAUAGAUUCCAGAUGUGACUCCCAAACCUUAAAUCCGUUCUUAAUAUCCCUACAUGUCACAGUCUCACCAAUCACCUUAUGCUCUCCCUAGCAUCUGGUUCAAAACUGCUUAACUUUUACAGGUGUCUGCUGGCUCCUAAUUGUAAUCCCUGUGUAUUUCCCAGAUGGAGCUGUGUGUAUUCCCUGUGUAUUUCCCAGAUGGCGCUGUGUGUAAUCCCUGUGUAUUUCCCAGAUGGCGCUGUGUGUAAUCCCUGUGUAUUUCCCAGAUGGCGCUGUGUGUAAUCACUGUGUAUUUCCCAGAUGUCGCUGUGUGCAAUCCCUGUGUAUUUCCCAGAUGGCGCUGUCUGUAAUCCCUGUGUAUUUCCCAGAUGGCGCUGUCUGUAAUCCCUGUGUAUUUCCCAGAUGUCGCUGUCUGUAAUCCCUGUGUAUUUCCCAGAUGUCGCUGUCUGUAAUCCCUGUGUAUUUCCCAGAUGUCGCUGUCUGUAAUCCCUGUGUAUUUCCCAGAUGGCGCUGUCUGUAAUCCCUGUGUAUUUCCCAGAUGGCGCUGUGUGUAAUCCCUGUGUAUUUCCCAGAUGUCGCUGUGUGUAAUCCCUGUGUAUUUCCCAGAUGUCGCUGUGUGUAAUCCCUGUGUAUUUCCCAGAUGUCGCUGUGUAUAAUCCCUGUGUAUUUCCCAGAUGUCGCUGUGUGUAAUCCCUGUGUAUUUCCCAGAUGGAGCUGUGUGUAAUCCCUGUGUAUUUCCCAGAUGGCGCUGUGUGUAAUCCCUGUGUAUUUCCCAGAUGGAGCUGUGUGUAAUCCCUGUGUAUUUCCCAGAUGGUGCUGUGUGUAAUCCCUGUGUAUUUCCCAGAUGGCGCUGUGUGUAAUCCCUGUGUAUUUCCCAGAUGGCGCUUUCUGUAAUCCCUGUGUAUUUUCCAGGUGGCGCUGUGUGUAAUCCCUGUGUAUUUCCCAGAUGUCGCUGUCUGUAAUCCCUGUGUAUUUCCCAGAUGUCGCUGUCUGUAAUCCCUGUGUAUUUCCCAGAUGUCGCUGUCUGUAAUCUCUUCCCUAUAUUUCAGAGUUUUGACUGACCUUAAUCUCUCAUGUUUUCCCUUGCAGAGUUUUUAAAGUGGAAUGACAGUAACUGCAAAGCAGAAAAGCAGUAUAUAUGUAAAUUUAAGCCUUAAAAUAGAGCCUGCUGCUCAACUCCCUCAGUAAACCCACAAACCCAAGAAAGCCAUCACAAGAGCCUUCUCAGUGACCUCUCUCAUUAUGAAAAUUAAGAUUCCUUGGAGCACCAACUUUUAAAAACCGCACUAACCUGCCGUAAAAAUCCAUACUAACCCAGGGCAUCGAGGAGAAGAAAUACAAUUCUGAGAUAACCCAAGAAACCUUGAACAGUGCUCACAAGAACUCUGAGAACCAAUCUUGUAGACCUCCUGAAUAGAAUAAAAUCUAAUUAAAAAGUAACAAAACAUACACACUUAUAUUUACACCAACAUGUACUACUGUUUAAUAAAGAAUAUGUAAUCAGC